CCAGCACCACCACCACCGCCGCCGCCGCCGCCGCCCCUCCUCCUCCACCCCCGUUGACCGACUCCGGAACCGGCCCAACGCCACCCAACGCCAGGACACCCCCCGAACAAUGGCGGAAGAAGCAAAGCCCAACCUGGGCAGGGUUCUCGUCAUCGGCGGGUGCGGGUUCCUGGGCCACCACGUGGUGCGCAUGCUGAUCGAGGGCUACCGGUGCACCGUCUCGGUCAUCGACCUGCGCUGCACGCGCAACCGGCGGCCCGAGUCGGACGGGGUCCGCUACGUCGACGCCGACAUCACCGACGCGGCGCGGCUCGCGUCCGUCUUCGAGGAGCUCAAGCCCGACGUGGUGAUCCACACGGCCAGCCCGCUCGCGCAGGGCGACGACAAGGCCAGCCACGACCUGUUCCGGCGCGUCAACGUCGACGGCACUGCCGCCGUCGUCGAGGCCUGCCGCUCCGCCGCCGUCAAGGCCCUCGUCUUCACCAGCUCCGCCAGCGUCGUGAGCGACAACCACUCGGACCUCGUCAACGCCGACGAGCGCUGGCCCGUCAUCCGGGGCGCCGACCAGUCCGAGUACUACUCGGAGACAAAGGCCGCGGCCGAGCAGAUCGUCAUCGAGGCCAACGAGCCCUCGCGGCUGCUGACGGUUGCCAUCCGGCCCGCGGGCAUCAUCGGCGAGGGCGACGCCAUGGCCAUCCCCAAGAUGGUGCAGGCCUACCAGGAGGGCAAGUGGAGCGUCCAGGUCGGGGACAACAACAACAUCUUCGACUUCACCUACGUCGGCAACGUCGCCCACGCCCACCUGCUGGCCGCCCGCGCGCUCCUGAUCACGCACGAGUCGGCCACGGCCCCGCUCGAGCACGAGCGCGUCGACGGCGAGGUCUUCCUCGUCACCAACGACUCGCCCCUCUACUUCUGGGACUUUGCCCGCAUGGUCUGGAAGGCCGCCGGCUCCCCGCACGGCGUCGACCGCGUCUGGGUCCUGCCCCGCGAGGUCGGCCUGGCCCUCGGCUGGCUGAGCGAGAUGGGAUGCUGGCUCGUCGGGAGGGCCCCGACCCUGAACCGCCAGCGCAUCAUCUACAGCUGCAUGACGCGUUACUACAACAUCGACAAGGCAAAGAGGCGCCUGGGCUACAAGCCCCUCGUGUCGCUUGAGGAGGGCGUUCGGAGAGGCGUCGCCGACUGUCUGAGUCGGCAACAAGCCGCCGCCGCGGCCAAGUAAGGGGUCCAGGAGGCGGGUGGGGAAGAAUCGGCUUUAAUAUUUGUCCGGCACUAUUUUAACUCGGCUCUAUCUUGUCAUGAUCGAAGGGAUGAUUGCCGGCGGGAUUUACAUAUGUUUCAUCUAUAUAAACUACAGGACUUCCACUAAUAUACACUUUUGACCA